CCCGGACGCUACCGCAGAUCCGCACGCGUUUUGACGUGAGGCUAGACUCGUGCCAGUGGCACUUGAUGCUGUAUCGGAGUUACCUUGUUGUGUUAUCUAGGUAAGAGCACAUUUGCACCCCCCAGCCAUUCUGGGCCUUAAAUACCCUUUUAUUUUAGACUUAGUUUUCUAACUGCUUAUCAUCCCGAAACGCCGGGUUACAAUGGAUCGAUAAGUGUGAGCCUUUGUUUCUUUGAUUGCAUGGAUACUAACCUGUUCACCUCAUUGAUUAGUUCUUAAAGGACACAUUGCUAUUCAACAGGUCGUUGUUGCGUGAUGCCGGCAGCAAUCGCCAUGGCCAGUUCCAAGCUUUCACCCUCACUGACGUCAGGGGGCUCAAUGUCCACCAUCAGUAUCCCGGUCAGUGCCUACCACGACCCUGCCAACAACGUGAUUACCAUCACUCCGUACAUCCUGCUUAAAACGUCCACCGUAGCGGAACAGAUGCAAGUCUUGCGACAAGAGAAAAAGAUUGGUAGCAAGGCUCCGGAGCCAUCCACUGGAGCCAUGAGAGUCAAAAGAAGAACGGACAUGAGCAAACUCGGGCUCCCGGAGCCUAAGCCAGCGUCUGUAUCUAGAAGGAACGCUCGAGAAAGGAACAGGGUGAAGCAGGUUAAUCAAGGGUUCGAAACUCUCCGCGAGCACGUCCCCAACGGAAAGAAAAACAAGAAAAUGUCCAAAGUGCAAACUUUGAGAUCCGCUGCCCAGUACAUCAAAGACUUGUACAUGAUACUGCACGGAGAGUUGCCGGCCCUAGGCUCCCCCAAUGUAGUGGACGAGCCGGACAGCCCUCUGGACAACAGUGACGUAGAGAUGAGUGUGAGUAGCCCUGAAAGUCAAGCAGCGCCAGCAAACUUGCACCAGAGCACCAUCCAACAACAACAGAUGGUUUCAUCACCCACCAUCAGUAGUCAACAGUCACCACCAUCAUUACAAGCCAAGCAAGCAGUCAGCAAUCAACAGUCACAGAUUUCAUUGCAGAUGACAUCGCCACCGCAUCAACUGAGGCCCAAAGCCGUGCCUUUGAUCUUGAAAAAGGAACCAUCAGUUAUUCACCAACAGCUCGCACGAGUUCUGCAGCAGCAGAGUCAAACCUCGAGUGUUCUCAAACAGCAGCUCCAGGCACCGCUCCCUGUGCAGCCAGCGAAUAUUCAAGUGCACCAACAUCAGCUUAGACUGGCUUUAAAUCAAGUGUCGAAGAUAACGCUGGAUCAGAGAAACAUUCAGCAGAGCCUCUGCAAUAUUUCAACCAAUGACAUACAAAGCCAUAUGGCUGCCAACGAGAUAAACAACCACCUGACAACCAAUGAGCUAGACAAUAACAAACAUUUGCCAACCAACCAUCUGGAUAAUGACAACCAUCUGACACUUAACGAGCUAGAAAACCAGAUGACAACCAGUGAUAUAGACAACGACAACCUGUCAUCCAUGGAUUCUGACUCGUCCCUUCAUUCCGAAUGCUCACCACUCACGUACACACAACUUUCCCCAGCCCAGCACACAGACACGGGCCGGUCUUACGACUUACGAGGCCUCACUCCGGACUACAACGAUUUCCUCAAUACCAAACAUUAUAAGUUGCCACCGUCGCCUUACCAAAACCACAACGACGUCAACAUGAACUUGAUCUCCUCUGACGCCACUCUAUUGCAAAACUACCUGAGGUCAAUGCAGAGUGACCACGAGAAGCUGCUCCCGUCGGACUUGACUAGGAGUCUCAGCUCGGUGCACUCUCCGUCUCCUAGUCUCUCCAGCAGCACUUCGGAUGUUUCGGCUGUGUAUGAGUGUGACAGUCUGGACAAAGAGGCUUUGCUUGAUAUUUCUAACUGGAUCUCAGAGUUGUGCAGCAGUCAAGGAGUCACUGAUCUUGGACAAAACUAAGAGAUACAGGUGGUUAGUGAAACAAGAAACUAAGAGAACCUGAUAGUAUAAGACAAGAGAGAAGAAGUGUCGGUCUUGAAGACAAGACCUGAACAGUAAGGCAAAUCCCAAUUUCCACAAGACAGUACGACAGUACGACCAAUUAUCAACACCAAGAGACAGAAUUCCAUUGUCAGGAUAAGGAUAACUUUAAACGUCAACAGAGCAGCUUCUAUUGUCACUAAGUCGCAAUGAGGGAAGUGCACAGUUCAGCAGCUCUGUACAGCUGAUAUAAGCUCAGUUGAAGGCACGACAGCGUUCAGUGCACUCUAUACAGACAUUGUUUAAGUUUACAAGAGAAAGUUGAAAAGGUCAGCUGACGUGACAACAGGACAUAAAUCGUGCCUCCAAAUGAGACCAUUUCUACCUAAGUUCCAGUUUGGACAAUGUUUGGCUGUUUGGUGCAGUGGAAGAAAUGUGCGGGAAUAAGAGUCCCACUGUGUGCUGUAUGUUGGGUACAAGUGGGUGUCGGCAACAGCUGGCCGCCCUCACACUUUUAUGAAAGGGGGCUAGGCGCCACAAGUUGCUACGCAUAGGUACUACAUUGUCUGGGGUUUUAGGCUUAUCUUGUAGCCACGAUUAAACAUAGUUUGUAUCAGCUUGUAAGUAGGGGAGGGGGGGGGCUCUAGUGUCAUAAUACACCAUAUGGUGUCUCCCAAACCUGGUUGGGUACAGGUAUUAAGGGGAAUAGGUGUAAGAGGGAGAGACAGGGGGACUCAUAUCUGGCAACACGUUGUCUCAGAUACUCAAGAACAGUGUCACAUUUUUGGUAACAGGUUGCCGGAUAAGAAUUGUGUUGUUUAAAAAAAAAAAACUAGUACAAGGAAGCGAAAACCGAGACUUGAUAAUUAACUCUAGUGGCUCAUGGCGUGCCAGAGAAUGUAUUGGGAAGAGCAUUGCUCUACAGUCAUAAAUAUCUCUGCUUAUCUGCGCAAGCUGUGCCUGUUUGAAACGUCAUAUCAGAUGCAUUUCUCUUUUAAUAUUUUUAUAGACUUAUUAAAUUAUUAUAAUGUAUUUUUUUUUGAAAACUCAAACAGUAUUAAAAUUUGGUGAAGUCUGGCAUAUGAACAGAUUUAUUUUUUCUUGAAUUACAAAUACAAAAAUAUUUGUAGCAUUUUUAAUUUGUUUUGAAACCUGGCAACAGAAAGAUGUCGUUAUUUGAAAGGAGAUAAAAAGACAUGUAAAAUAAAACUGGGUUUAAUUUUUGAGGAAGUAAAGUUUUUUUUUCAAGACUAUUAAAUCUACUUUUUUUUUGGUACAUUGUAAAUAAUACUUUCUAUUCUUUUACAUUUGACAAAGCAGCACAUUCCACAUGAAUCUAUCAGCUCACCACAUUCCACAUGAAUCUAUCAGCUCACCACAUUCCACAUGAAUCUAUCAGCUCACCACAUUCCACAUGAAUCUAUCAGCUCACCACAUUCCACAUGAAUCUAUCAGCUCACCACAUUCCACAUGAAUCUAUCAGCUCACCACAUUCCACAUGAAUCUAUCAUCUCACCACAUUCCACAUGAAUCUAUCAGCUCACCACAUUCCACAUGAAUCUAUCAGCUCACCACAUUCCACAUGAAUCUAUCAGCUCACCACAUUCCACAUGAAUCUAUCAGCUCACCACAUUCCACAUGAAUCUAUCAGCUCACCACAUUCCACAUGAAUCUAUCAUCUCACCACAUUCCACAUGAAUCUAUCAGCUCACCACAUUCCACAUGAAUCUAUCAGCUCACCACAUUCCACAUGAAUCCAUCAGCUCACCACAUUCCACAUGAACCUAUCAUCUCACCACAUUCCACAUGAAUCUAUCAGCUCACCACAUUCCACAUGAAUCUAUCAUCUCACCACAUUCCACAUGAAUCUAUCAGCUCACCACAUUCCACAUGAAUCUAUCAGCUCACCACAUUCCACAUGAAUCUAUCAGCUCACCACAUUCCACAUGAACCUAUCAGCUCACCACAUUCCACAUGAAUCUAUCAGCUCACCACAUUCCACAUGAAUCUAUCAGCUCACCACAUUCCACAUGAAUCUAUCAGCUCACCACAUUCCACAUGAAUCUAUCAGCUCACCACAUUCCACAUGAAUCUAUCAGCUCACCACAUUCCACAUGAAUCUAUCAGCUCACCACAUUCCACAUGAAUCUAUCAGCUCACCACAUUCCACAUGAAUCUAUCACCCUUUUUUUUGUAUUUAAAAAGACAACUUUUUUUUUCUUUUUGUUGCUUUCAAGAAGUGACCUUGACCUUAUACGUAGAUAAUUGUGUAUCAUUAUAUUAACGUCUAUUCAGCUGGAGCCUUAUUUUUAUUUCCUCAUUUCGCGCAGCAUUUAGUAAAGCAUCUAGUCGAUCAGUGAGUCAUUUGGUUGUAGUGUUUGGUGGCAUCCCCUUUUAUUUUUUUUAAAUACAUUUUUUACAACUUUUAAUUUUGUAAGCAUUGAUUUGUUGUGCAGGCCAUAUACUAUUGUCAUGUCAUCCUUUUGGGCAUUUUGUUUUCAUUGCUCUAAGAUCUGCCAUAAUGUGUUCAUUCCUUUUGUAACCAAAUAACUUUAUAAUAUUCCUAAUAUCUUUUGUUUUGUUUACACAGUAUCAAAGGCUUUAGAAAAGUUGUUGUUUUUUAUGUCGCCACCAAGUGUGUUCCUCCACUGGCCAUGGACCUCUAAAAAUAAAAUGCUCUUGCAAAGCAAAACCAAACUCCCCCCCCCCCCAAUCAAAAGUACUUAAUCAAUGAAGAAAUUGAGAUUUAUAUCAAACAAGCCCCCCCCCCCCUCUCCCACAUCACGGGUUCUUUAAAAGUAAUAGAUUAAAACAGUUGACAUGAGGUCCAUUGUAAUGUAUAUACUGUAUUGUAUAACUUAUUUAAUGUUUUUUUUUUUUUGUUAUUUAAAUUUAUGCCAUGAUUUUUUUUUAUUAAUUUAUCAACAAACUAAAUUAUAAUUUCUUUAUGCAUAAUAUGAUAAAAAUGUAUAAAUAUUUAUUACAAAUGUAGUACGACUCAUU